UUUUCAGGUAAUAUGUUUGGAGGUGGAAGUAGUGGUCCCGUGGACACCACUUUAUACACAACACUCAAUGUGAGACCAGACGCUUCGCAGGCCGACAUUAAGAAAUCUUACUUCAAACUUGCUAAAGAAUACCAUCCAGAUAAAAACCCGGACCAUGGAGAUAAAUUCAAAGAGAUCAGUUUUGCCUAUGAAGUUCUUUCGAGCCCUGAAAAACGACGCUUGUAUGACGCCAGAGGUUUGGAAGGAGUUCAAGGAGGAGGAGCUGGUGGUGGUGGAGGAGGCUUUCCUGGAGGUCUGUUCUCUCACUUCUUCGGCGGUGCUGGCGGUGAUGACGAUGACGACGAUGAUGAUAUGGGUGGUCAUCCAUUUGGUGGCUUGUUCGGUGGAAUGGGUGGAAUGGGACGAGGUGGCCCACGUCGGCGGAAAUUCCAAGAUACUGUUCAUCCCCUCAAUGUUACACUCGAAGAGCUUUACGUCGGAAAAACAUCAAAGCUGAAGCUUUCCAAAAAGGCACUCUGUAAAACUUGCGAAGGGUCAGGUGGAAAGAAGGGAGAAAAAUAUAAGUGUGAUGCAUGCCGUGGUCGUGGAGUGAAGACGAUCGUUCAGCAAAUUGGCCCCGGAAUGCUCCAACAAAUGCAGGUUCACUGUGAUGCUUGUAAGGGUUCUGGAGGCAAAGUUCCAGCAGGUGAUAAGUGCAAAGGAUGCCAUGGAGAAAAGUACGAAAACGUUUCGAAAAUAUUGGAGGUUCACGUUCUUCCUGGCAUGAAACAUAACGAUAAAAUUACAUUCAAAGGAGAUGGAGACCAAUCUGACCCAGAUGGUGAGCCAGGAGAUGUUGUCAUUGUUAUUCAACAGAAAGAUCAUGAUAUUUUCAAGAGAGAUGGAGAUGAUCUUCACAUGACCAAGAAACUAUCACUGAAUGAGGCACUUUGCGGCUAUAAUUUCCUUAUCAAACAUCUUGAUGGCCAUCCUUUGGUUCUUUCUAGUAAACAAGGAGAUGUUAUCAAGCCAGGAGUCAUCAGAGGAGUUCUUGGAAAAGGAAUGCCAAAUAAGAAAUACCCAGAACUCAAAGGAAACUUGUUCGUUGAAUUUGAAGUCGAAUUUCCAAAGGAGCAUUUCCUCGAUGAUGAAAAAGCUUAUGCCGUUCUGAAAAGCUGCUUCCCUACCUCAAAAGUUGUCAAUGUCACCCCAGCUGCCGCAGAAGUUUCUCUUAUGGAAUAUGACGAGAAGAAGUACAGCCGAGGACGUGGCGGAGACGCUUACAAUGAAGAUUCGGACGAAGAACAACACGGAGGACAUCACGGACAAGGCGUCAGAUGCCAACACCAAUAGUCAAGUUUUAUUCCAGUUUAUCAUUAAAAUUGUUACCCUUCCCCCACCACCAUCUCCUUCUCAUCCCACCCCCACUUGAAAGAAUCUCCAUUUCACUAUCCUUUUUUCUGUGGAUAUCAUCAUUCGCAAUUGUUUGCAAUUCAAUUCAUUUAGUAUAAGAGCUCUGCAAAUCAGGACGAACUCAAAAUAAAGACAAAUUUUUACG